AUUGCGCAGCAACAAAUGCAGGCGGCCAAAGAGAAUGUGCUGAAUCAACAACGCAUUGCUAUGGAAAAGGAAACUGCUGCCGCAAUACUCACCCAGAAGUCAGAGGCUGCCGCUGCAAUACAGCGCUCCGAAGCAGCGGCUGCCGCACAAGCGGUGCUGUUAGCGCAACAACGUUUGGCCGCCUCAAAGUCAGCCGUGGCACAUCAGCAACGUAUCGCCGCCGCACGUGAGGCGGAAGCAGCAGCGGCCUUGCAGCGUUCAGCACACGCUGCUGCAGCUGAAAUACAAAAAACCGAAUAUGAAGCAUCCAAGUUGAGCCAAUACACACGCAAUGGGAAUGCCGGGGCAGCACAUCAUCUCACCUUGACCAAGGAUGUAGCAUUCAGUCCGAUUACGGCCGGCACCAAUCAUGUACCCAACGUGGAGACAGUCGGUCCGUGGGCGGGCAGUGGUGGCAAGGGUGCGGCUGGUGGUGGCGCGGCAGCGGGUUGGCUGUAA